GCGCAACACAACAAGUAGAACUGCUUGUUUAAACAGGAAGUUGAAAGGGAGAAAUGACAGGCAGAGAGUCUCAUUUUGAGCUCCACUGUGCCGCUGCAUUUAAAGUUUAAAGGUCACUAUAGAUCAUUGAAGGGUAAACAGGGCUAAAUACUGACAGAUGGAGCGUGCCGCCAUCCCACCAAUCUCCAGUGUCGCCGUCUGCGGUGGAACUCAUGGGAAUGAGUUGACAGGGGUGUACAUUGUGAGGGAAAUGCAGAAACAGAAGCUGGAGAAAGUGGGAUCUGUUUCUAUAACCCCUGUUUUGACCAAUCCUAAAGCAUUAGAUGUUGGCAGGAGAUACACAGAGAUGGAUUUAAACCGCUGUUUCACAGAUGCCUUGCUGAGUUCCCCCAUAACAGAGUCGACCCCAUAUGAGCUGAGGCGAGCCCAGGAACUGAACGCUCAGCUAGGGCCUAAAGGAAGCGCAGAGGCUGUGGAUCUGCUCAUAGACCUGCACAAUACCACAGCCAACAUGGGGCUGUGCCUCAUCUUCUACUCUAUAGACUGGAUCACUCUGCACAUUUACAAAUACCUACAGAAUAAGAUGAGCUCUAUUCCUGUGAGAGCAAUCCAGGUGGCCGUUCCUACCUCUGAUGCUUAUUCCCUGGAAUCAGUGGGCAAACAUGGCUUUGCGAUAGAAGUGGGUCCUCAACCUAACGGCGUGCUCCGAGCUGAUAUCUUCAACAUGGUUAAAGAAGCAGUGGAGCUCACAUUAGCAUGGCUUCAGGAAUUCAAUUCUGGACACACUUUUGAGGGCAGCACAGUGGAAGCAUACACUUUAGUUAAAAGUGUCGACUACCCAAGAGACCCAGCUAGUAAAAUUACAGCUGCCAUCCACCAAGACCUACAGGAUAAUGACUUUAAGCUGCUCCGGUCGGGGGAUCCCAUCUUCCUGACAUUUUCCGGGGAGACUUUGAAGUACGAGGGAGAAGACCUCUACCCUUUCUUUGUAAAUGAAUGUGCCUACUAUGAGAAGAAGAUUGCUUUUCAUUUAGCUCAGAAGAAAACAUACACCUUCCCAUCCAUAUCUGUGAAGAAGGACUGAUAAACCACAUAAAAACAAAGAUAACAAUGCUUCAACAACAAAAAAAACACAAAUCUAAUUUAAGAUGAUCUGUCACACAAGUUGUGCAAAUCCAGUGCAAUCCAGUGCCUUGUUCACAUGUUUACAUUUUGUCUGGUUAAAAAAAAAAGGAAUAUUUUUCAAAUUCUGAUUUUACAUUCAAGACUGAUUGUGGAAAUCAGGAAAUUCAGCAACGGUUUUAAAAUUUCCUAAUUUUCUAAUCUAUUUAAAAUUGAACACCUGUGAUGUAUACUGUAUUCGUACUCCCCAAUCAGUACUUGUUAAUACUUCAUGGUAAUUUACCGAUUUGAUAUGAUUUCAGGAGCAGGUAUUUUGAAUUAUUUGUAGGUGUGGCCAAUAUGAACUUAAAGGGAUAUGAUUUUUAAGGUAUUUAUUAAUAAAGCUAUAAUUAAAAAAGUUAUUUCUAA